AUGAAGGGGAGCCGUGCCCUCCUGCUGGUGGCCCUCACCCUGUUCUGCAUCUGCCCGCUGGCCACAGGGGAGGACUGCAAUGAGUUUUUCAUGGACUUCCUGCAAACACUACUGGUGGGGACCCCAGAGGAGCUCUAUGAGGGGCCCCUGGGCAAGUACAAUGUCAACGAAGAUGCCAAGGCAGCAAUGACUGAACUCAAGUCCUGCAUAGACGGCCUGCAGCCAAUACACAAGGCAGAGCUGAUCAAGUUGCUGGUAUGA